AUGGUUAAAGUAUCAGUGGCUGCCAAUUUAUGUACAACAUACUUGCAUUUGACGCUUUCCUCCAAUCAGGCGGCUAGAUUAAAGUUAAUUCAUCGUUCAGAUUAUGAUGCUGGAUAUGCCUUCCAACUAGAUGACCAAACCGUUUACAUAUUUCUGCGUAUACCUGAUCCCUAUCUAAACAAAGCUCUCCUUUGGACGAUUUCUGAUAAUGAGCACGAAAGCAUGGAACCUCAAAAUCUUUUCAAGGAUCACAAACCAGAUACACUAAAUGUUUUCCAACAACUGAUUACUAUCAUCCAAUACUUCUGCGAUAAUUUUAAAGUCCCUUUUCCAACGGAACUUGCAGCUUUCGAAAGUUCCUACUAUAAUUGUCUCGUAAUUUUUAAUCAUUUGAUAAAGGUGUAUGUAGGUCGACAAAAACACACAGAUUGCUUCCAGUUAUGGUUUGAAUUGAUUGCGGAUAAAAUUGUGCCAUUUUGUAACUUCUUAACUCCUCCUUCUGCCGCUGAACUUGAAACUAGAUACCUCGAGAUUGCUGAGAAUCAAUUAUCCAAGACGGAAACCCUAUUAGCCACUCGAAAAGCUGAAACAGAGAAUACUACUCACAUCAUAUACAACAGCGCAUAUACGGAUCUAUAUACCUCAGACGAAGCUGAAAUCAAGAAUUUUAGAGUGAAGGUAGCUGGAAAUGGAGGGGGAAUCGUAUACCCUUACCCUAGUACCACCUCACCUGUCAGUGAAAGUGAGGGAAGCAAUUCACCAAACGAUAUUAAAUCCCCGCAUUCAAACCUUUUAACGAGCAGCGAUGAAUGGGAAUCGUUAGAAAAUGGAACUGGAAAAAUUUCCUCAAAAGCCAGCAGUUUAGAAGUUCAGACGGAAUCUCCCACUGAACUUGAUUCAAUUGGAGGGACCAUGUCGAGCAGUGAAAGCAAAACUCUAUCUCCAAAAUCAGACUUAUCCUUCCAGUCAAUUGGAUCAGACAUUUUAUUUUGUGAUUUUGAGGAAAACGAAGGGUCUAAUUACCAAUCACCUCCGUCAUCUCCCUCAUAUAAACCAUUCCAUCCAAAUGAGACCGAAGAAAAACUGUUCGUCAACACAAGGACAAUUCGUAUUUCUGAUAUCGAUUGUAAUUCUUCCACAGGAAGAAUUAAGAUAGGAGUGCGGACAUUACCAAAUUUCCAACCUGUACACCCAACUUCUAACAAAUUUGAAAUUCCAGAAGAAAUAGUAUAUGAAGGAAAAUCACAGAGAUCUUACUUACAUUAUGGUAGCCCUAGGGUUGAUAAAGCUGUCUCCAACGGCAAACGAACGAGAAGAGCUAUUUUAGCUAGCACUGGUAGUAAUGAAUCAUUGACCGCUUCACCGCGUCAAGUGAAACGUAUAAAAGCCAUUCAAAGGAAGUCUAUUAGUGAAGCACCUCCCAAGUGGGUAGAAAUUAGAGGCCUAGAAGCAGCAGCGGAGGAAAUCAAAACGAGAAAAAACGUCGUCCAAAUGAUCCAUUCAAAACUAAUGAGCUUGGACCAUCAAGUUGACGCGAUCCUCAAGUAUCUGAUGGAAGGUGUACAAUUCUUCGGUGAGUUAGACUCCAUUUCAACGGUAAUACUGCGAGCUUAUAACAAUGAGAAAAAAAUUCAGGAACAACUCGAAGCAAAUAAAACUUAG